AUUUUCUAUCAAUUCUUUUCCGAGAGCAAAAUUGAUUUCGGGUCAUCUUUUUUUCUUCUCUAUUUUCUCAUCAUAAUUUCAACGCAAUUCCACAAUUAAUCAAUUGAUUUAUAUAUUUUUUGAAUAAUUAACACUCGGCGAUUCUAAUGAGACUAUUUAAUCAAUUUUCUGUUGUUUCUUUCAAAAUUUAUUCCAAGAUGUGACUCAGAAGAUCCAACCAGAAGGUAUCACAUAAAGUGUUUGGUAGUGAAACUCAUCAUUGAAAAGUGUGAUUUCCUUAAUUUGUUAAAUGGUCUCAUUGUGAGAGAAAUUUAAAUUAUCUGUUGAUUGUGAUUAGUGUAAAUUCAACUAACUAUUGGCUUGAUUGGAAUCUGAUCGAUUGAGAAUUGAAGUUCUAGUUCUUUGAAUUCUGGAAUCUAUUCAGUGAUUUUCUUUACUUUCUUCAUUCAAUUUCCAUUUUUUGUUACUUCUUUUUUAUUUCUAAUAGAUUUUUAGACCUGGCGGGUUGAAUCCAAUUGGUUUCGAGUGUUUCGAUUAAAGCGCAGACCAAAAAAUAUCUAGAGAAUAACAAAUAACAACCUAAUCUAUCUUAUUGUUGAUUCCUGAACGUUUCAUAUAACCAGACUCGGAAAUGAUUCUUAAAGUUUUUCUCAUCGUUCUACUUGCUAAUUUAUUCUCGUGUCAAAAGGGUCCCAAGGCUCGGUUGUCUUUUCUUCAUAAGCCAAAAAAUGGAGGUAAAACUGCUGUCGCUUGUUUGGUCGAUACUGGAGAAGCUCCUUUUGACUUUAAUUGGUACAAAGAUGAUCAACUAAUCACUAAUGAAGCUUCAUUUCGGAUCGAUAAACUUGGAGAUUCGUCUAUCCUCAAAAUAGAACCAAUGAAAUCUGAUCUUAAUGGAAAAUACUCUUGUAGUGUUAAAAAUUUGUUCGGUAUUGAUUCACCUUCUAUCGAGAUCGCUGUUGAAGGUUCACCUUCAUGGAGAUUCCAACAACCGAACAUAAAAGCGAAAAACAAAGAAACUGUUUCUCUGAAAUGUUCUGCCUCGGGUUAUCCUUUGCCGAAAGUUAUUUGGAAAAGAUUUGAUGGCUCUAACUGGAUUCCUUUAGGUGAUGAUCAGUCGAUAUUCAGAGUUUCACAUGAUGAGUUUAAGAUUGAAUCGAUUAACAAAAAUUUCCAGGGAAAAUAUGGUUGUGAGAUAUCAAAUGGAUUCGAACCAAAUCUUUGGAAUGAAUUUAUCAUUGAUAUUAUUGUAAUACAAUUAAUUGUCAAAACGCUCCAAAGGCUGGCCAGAUAUCUUUAUUAUCUAAACCCAAGGAAGGAGGAACAGCAUCUUUUGCUUGUACAGCUGAGAUUGGCGAUAGACCUUUGAAUUUCAAAUGGUCCAGAGAUGGAGAAGUUGUAAUGAAAACAGAAACAAUCAGGAUUGAACAAUUAACUCGAGACUCAUCUUUAUUGGUGAUUGAU